CCCAACGGCCCUUAUGAAAUCUUUUGAACAUGCCAUCCUCAGGAAGUAACGCGCAGCUAAUGGGGGGAGAGCUGGAUUUGGAAGGGGAGCUACAACAUCAAGCAGAAGAAUGGAUUACCACACUGGAGGAGGGAUGCAAGAAGAUGCAAACUACAGUGGGGUUGCUUAUGCAGCGGCAGCAAGAAGGGGGGGAGAUCGAUAGGGGAUCUAUCUCGAUGGACCAGUGGUUGGAAGAUAGGAUUCAGGAGUUGUUAGACAUCUUGUGGGAGCUUGAGGAGGGGCCAGAUCCCUGGCUCGAAGUCUACAUCGACUGGAGGCGGGCGGAUGACAGGUUGGCUGCUUGCAGAAACCUCGUCACAUUGGGGCGAGAUCUACGCAAUCAGUUGGAGUAUAGGUAUGGAAUGCUGGCAAGUGACGAUGAUUGCGGCGAAAACACAAAUAACAGCAACAACAUCAGCUACAGCGACAUCAAGGAUGGGGAUGGUGUCAACAACAAUAAUGAUGGGGGGGGCGACGUCCAAGGCUGCACCAUGAUGGGAGUGAUACUGCAGGUGGACGCGGAAGAUAAUGGAGACGUCAACAACAACAACAACAACAACAACAACAACAACAACAACAACAACAACAACAACGACAAUGAUAACAACAAUAUAAACUACAGCAACAAUAACAAAAACGAUGGUGCGCAGGGAUUGGGAUUGGGCGAAAUGGGCGAAGGGGGUGGGAAGGAUGACAGCAACAUUAACAACGAUGGCAAGAACAACAACGACGACAACGACAACAACAGCAACAACAACGGUGACGAGGGCGGGGGCGACGUCCACGGCAGCAGCAUGAAGGGUGUGAUGCUGCAGAUGGACAUGGAUGAAAUGGGCGAAGGGGGUGGGAAGGAUGAUAGCAACAUUAACAACGAUGGCGAGAACAACAACGACGACAACGACAACAGCAACAACAACAACGCUGACGAGGGCGGGGGCGAUGUCCACAGCACCAACAUGAAGGGUGUGAUGCUACAGAUGGACAUGGAGUGAUAAAGGUGGUGACAACAACAACAACAACAACAACGAUGAUGAUGGGGGAGGCGACGUCCACAGCUGCCACAUGA